AUAUACAAUUGUCACAUCUCACAUGCUUUCUAAAGUCAAUUCUACCUCCGUGACUUCCUCUUGUCAUUUGCCGCAUGAAUAAUUUUUUGCACAAUGACUAAAACUCCAUUAGCAGUUCAUUAGAUGUAAACACUAUCCAAUUCGCUAUUUCUCUCUCCUCCCAAAAGAUCAUCUCUCUCUAACUUUUCAUUCCAGUUCGUCUACAUAGGUUUAAAAGUUGGGGCUGUAAUCAUUGUGGUGCAAUCAUUGUUGGCCUGAAGACUUGAAGCGCUGUUGUUGUUGUUGUUGGUUCGUUUUUUAUAUUGAUUAAGAGUGGGUUGAGUGAAGCUAGAUUGAAGUUCGGAUUUUAUGUUUCUUUGGUUGAUAUUUUUGGUGGGUCUGGUAUAUUUCAUUUGGAGAAGUGGUGUGGUAGAAGAUAUAAUGGGAACUAGCAGUUCGAAGAAUAGAUCAAGUAGAUCGUUGUCUUCUUCAUAUGAUCAUGGUCCAAGCUAUGGGUAUCCACCAUCGUCUCCAUAUCCACCACAGCCAGCUUACAGCCCACAACCGACUUAUACCCCUUCACAUCCUCAGUAUGUGCCUUCACCGUUGCCUCGCACUUAUGCACCACCUCCUCCAAGCGCUCCACGGCCCAAGAAGACUUUAGAAAGGAAAUAUUCAAGGAUUGAAGAUAACUACCGGACCUUGGACGAGGUUACUGCAGCACUGGCACACGCAGGAUUGGAGUCAUCCAAUCUAAUUGUUGGCAUUGACUUUACAAAGAGCAAUGAGUGGACAGGUACAAAAUCAUUCAAUAGACGAAGUCUUCAUCACAUUGGAAAUGAGUUAAAUCCCUAUGAAGAAGCUAUAUCAAUUAUUGGACAAAGUUUAUCUGCAUUUGAUGAAGACAAUUUGAUCCCAUGUUAUGGAUUUGGAGAUGCAUCAACUCAUGAUCAAGAUGUUUUCAGUUUCUAUGACAAUGAUAGAUACUGCCAUGGAUUUGAGGAAGUUCUCUCGCGAUAUAGAGAGUUGGUCCCUCAGCUUCGGCUUGCUGGACCAACCUCAUUUGCACCAGUUAUCGAAAUGGCCAUGACUAUUGUUGAGCACAGUGGUGGUCAAUAUCAUGUGUUGCUGAUCAUUGCAGAUGGACAGGUCACAAGGAGUGUUGAUACACAGCAAGGCAACCUUAGCCCACAAGAGCAGAAGACAAUUGAGGCAAUAGUUCAAGCAAGUGCAUAUCCACUGUCAAUAGUGCUGGUUGGCGUGGGGGAUGGUCCAUGGGACAUGAUGAGGGAAUUCGAUGAUAAUAUUCCUUCUCGAGCUUUUGAUAAUUUUCAAUUUGUGAAUUUCACUCAAAUCAUGUCAAAGAAUAUGGACACAUCAAAAAAGCAAACAGAAUUUGCACUCUCAGCCUUGAUGGAAAUACCUUCUCAGUACAAAGCCACUCUUGAGCUUGGCAUAUUGGGUCGUACAACUGGACAUUGUCCAGACAGGGUUUCUCUUCCUCCACCUCGAUACAGUGCUCCUUCUGGACACAGUGGCAUGAAGUCAUAUUCCCGCUCAAGUAAUUUUCAGCAGAGUGCUCCAGCAUAUCCGCAACCAGAAACUAGAGUUGCCACAAGUUCAUCUUCGACUACUGCUUAUAAUGGUCCUACCUCAUCCUCAGCUCCAUCAUCAACCUCUACACAUGAAAACCAGCUAUGUCCUAUUUGCAUCACAAGUACUAAAAAUAUGGCUUUUGGCUGUGGGCAUCAGACAUGCUGCGAUUGUGGAGAGUUUCUGGAUGCUUGCCCAAUUUGCCGACGUUCUAUUGAGACCAGAAUAAGGCUUUACUAAAAAGAUUUUUCAGUUUCUAUGAAGUUUUUUAGGUGGUAAUAUUAGCCUGAGUAGUAGUAUCGUCCCAUUAGUUUUAGAGAUGUGAUGUGAGACUUACAAAACUGUCAACGAUUAGCCCAACGACUAACAGGGAACGCUGAUGCAUGGAUUUGUGAGUUGAUUGCUUAGAUUCCCGCUUUAGUGAAUGAUUCAGCUGCAUCAUCUGAGCUCAAAAUGUUGAAAGAUAGUAUUUAUGUAAAGUUGUCUUUGUUUAUUUGUUCAUCUUGGCUUCAUUUGUUCUCACCGGACCAGUCCACAAGUGGCGCUCUUGUUAGUCUAUUAGCUUUCCCUGUAGUUAGUCUCUGUUGACGAAACCAUAAAUUGAUGUAAAUACUUUUAUUGUUUCUGUUACCUAAAUAAGGAAUUCCAUCUUCAUAGAAACAACAAUAACAACUUGCCAAUAUCCUUAUGGGGAGCGAUUUUUGCAGAUAUUUGCAUA